AUGGAGAGGAGGAGAGGAAGCGAAGAUGGCUCCCUCACUAGCCUACUGAGCCUCUUGUGUAAGUCUUCAUGCCAUGCUUGAUCUGGGAUGGCUACUUGAAGAAUGCAAGCCGCCCCUUGAUGUUGCAUGCACAUGUGGGUUCACUCACUGUCUGCCCCCUGAGCAAGCCCACCUCUUUGCCACUCCUGCCACUGCCCAACCACUUUCCCUCUGGGCCCAGCAGGAGAGGGCAAGGGAAAUGGAGGCAGCUGCUGCUCUUGCAUCCUUAUUUGCAUGCUUGGAGAGGGCAUGAGGAAGAGGACAGGUGGGGAGCUUUGUGUGUUAGUAGUGGGCAUCCAUGGGGGGGGGGCAACAGGGGACAGUUGCACCUCCUGGAGGAAACAUAAUCUCCAGAUUCCCAGUUUUCAUUAAAAAAGUACGUUUGUAGCAUUGGCAGAGUCUUUAAAAAAAAAAAAUAAUUAUUAAACAAUUUCAACAUAACAAAUUAUCAGUCCAAAUAAUCAAUUACAUUAUUUCCCCCCUUCCCCCCCAUCCCUCCCACUCCCCACACCAAGGACUUCCCUCAGCUCCCCUCUCUGAUUUCUUUGCACAUAUUGUUCUCUGCAUGUUAUAAAAUUGUACAUAUCUUUACCUUAUCUAUCAAAUGUUCAAUUAAUACAUUUGUGGAUGUUUAUUCUGUAGCACUGGCAGAGUCUGAUAUAUGAGACAAAAUGUACAGAUACUGUUCUUCUUAUUUUUUGCAAGCUGUUACCCCUGCUUUGCUCCACCUGCCAACCCUGCUGCCAACCUCUCUUCCCCCACACCUGGCCAACUCUUCCUCGCUUUACACCUCACAGCUUGAUCCCAGCCCCACUCCUCACGGCUUCCCCACCCCCUAACAUGCUUCCCCUCCCAUCUCACUAAACAGCCCUUUUAAAGGAGGGGGAGGCAUCUCAGAGACCAUUUUCCACAGUGGUUUGACAAGCUGCCUCCAUCAAACAGUUCAUCCUGUGCUCCUGAAGAUGGGAGUUCCUGUGCCCUAAACAGUUACACAGAAGAGGGAUUUAGCAGGGGCAUCUCAUCACGUCAUUAAAACUCCAGCAGUAAGAAAAGCUGCACUGCCAAAAAACCACAACCCUCCUCUAUACAACUUGACCCGUAGCCCUGUCCCCUCUUGUCUAUAUGCUACAGACUUUGACCCUUCUGUCACUCAAGACCUCCACCUUGGUUUUUAUGAGGAUCACUGAGGAACACUAACAACAAAUUAAAGCUGUUGCACCCACUAUCCUUUUUAACCCUCCGGCUUCAGCAAUAUUGUCUCGGCCCAGAAUGUGGUCCCAGGGUUGCUGCUCCCAGCCACCUGCUCAUCCUACUCAUUAAUCGCUGUGCAUUUUAUUUGCUGCAUGUACGUGUAGCUACUCAUGCCUCCAGCGUGCGCUGUUGGUCUUGCCAUGUCACCCAGCGAAGCCUCUCCCCCAUCCACCCAUUUCCCCAUCUUGCUUCCCAUUGGAGGGAGUGGGAGUCUUGGCUGACGUGGGUCCACCUCCUGCCCCCCAACACUGUUAUGAAGGAAAAUAAAAUCGCUUGCACCAUCCCAGAGAUUCAAUUCAGAACAUUGCAAAGGGGGACGUGGCGAGACGGAGAGAGAGGAGCCAAACUAAACAACCCGAAGUCAUCCCAGCAUCGCGGGCAAUGUCAGGUAAAGCCUGCUUGGCACUGCAGGAGCCAGGCAUGCACCCAUCGGUGCUCUGGACCCUGUUACUUUUCUCUUUGGGCAUUUCAUGACAUCUGUAGAGACCUCUUGAUUCCUUAAAGUGGGUUAGGAGCUUUGCAUUCAUGGCUCUUUUGCCUUGCCAUUCAACAUAGCUGAAGAGCUGCAUCUUCUCUGGUAAAUUUUCCAUGAGCUGCUCUCUAGCUAAGUACUUGGAUCAUGAAGCUGAUGGUUCUUUGGUACCCUGGGUGGGAAGCAAGGUGGAUGCUGCGGUGCUUAGGAUGUGUGUGACUUGUGGGUUGAAAUCUCCCACCCACCCCGUAGUUCCCAGGAGGAAUGUCUCUUUGCCUCUUAUCUAGACCUGCAACAAUACUACCAGAUUUAAGGGAGAGAAUGGGUCUAAUGGUUGGGAAUUAUUGAGAAACUCCAGAAGUUCAAGUGGGACUUUUAGAACGUCAUAGGGAUUUCCUCUAAUGACAUGGCUGUAACUAUGGAUGGACUACGGAUCAGAUCCAGCUCAGCUAUUUCCAUAUUAUUAUUGGGUUUGGUGAUUGGGCCAAAUGACCCCUCAAGGUCCCUUCCAACUGUGUGAUUCUGUAAUUGCAAAAGAAGGGUUGCACUCAGUUGGAUAAAUUUAGCCAGGUUAUAAGGACUGGGCUGCUGGCUCUGAUCUUAAGCAUGGCUAAGAAACUACAUGAGGAAGUAUUCUCUCCCUCCUCCCAGCCCCCGUUCAGCAAAGGAGCCUGUGCGGAAAGGACAGCAUAUAAUUUGGAGUUUUCAAAGCAACCUGAAGACAGAGAACUGAGGUUUAGCUGUGGAGCAUCUUAGUGUGCAGGCUAGUCCACUGGGAGGGCAGUGGACUUUGGUUGCCCACUAGAGUGCCAAGCUAUGGGUCUCCACAAAUUGCCAUAAGCCUCCUGUGGACCUCAUGCCCACCCAGGUAAGCACUGCAGCCGGCAGCAGUGGACAGGGUAGUGAGGCUGCACCACUCGCCUGAUCUCCCUCUGGCUAAGCUGCUGCAGCAUACCAAGAUGGUGAGGGGCAGAGACAAUGCCCGGGUGGUAUAGAUGCUUUGGCAGGAGUGCCAGAUGGGCUCCACUGGCACGUUUGCGCUGUUAUUCUGUUGACCCAGCCAGAGCGGUUAAGUGAGUGGCAUAGCCCCAUUACACUGAUUGCCGCAGACAGCAGUCCUGUAGCAAUAUUAUUAAGUGCAGACCCAAGACAUUUUGCUGCCUGAAGUAGAGCCCCACCAACACCAGUCCCUGUUAUAUGUGAGGGCUGGCCUUGGCAGUGAGUUACAGGACCAAACUAGAUGUCAGGUGGGGUGUCAGUGGGGUGGAGCAUUGGAUUACUGGACUCUCUAAACUGCCUAGAGCAUGCAGGACAGCCAUACUCUUCUCUCGUGCCACUGGAAAGCAGGUACUAGCCAUGGGUCUGAGGAGACACGGGAUGGGUGCAUGGGAGCUUCUAAGCCAGGCAGAAUUAAGGUUCAUCCACAUUCCCUUUUGUGUCACAUUUCUAGGCACAGGUCUGAGUUUUCCAGGUCUUUGUCCGAGCACAGUUUUGUUUUGUUUUGCUUUGCUUUUUGUCCUGGUGUUUUACCAAUGAAUUGGAGCAAACGGUAACUGGGUUUUCUGUGGCUUUCUGUUUGCUCCAAUUCAGUGGCAAAGCACAGGUUUUCCCGGGGAAAGGGCCAGGACAAGAAAACCCAGCUGCUCGGAGAUCGACUUGGCAAGCCCAGACAAGUGCCUAGAAAGUACGGAGCAAAGGAAAGCAUUGAUGAGCCCUUACUCUAGGGAGACCGGUCAGCCAUUUAUUGCCACCCCUCUUGCAGACUGGGAAGAAGGAAAGAGUUGGGCUCAAAGACAGUCCACACAUGUGGACCUUCUGGUGUGAUAUCUCUGAGCCCAGUUCUCUCCCCCAAUAGUCAUUUUGGGGGGCUGAGCCCUCAUUGUUUCCCUGAAGCCAGGGGUGAAACUAAACUUUAUUUCAUCCCAGUUUGGCACCCCCCCAAACACAUGCACAUUUGCAUACACACACAGGCUGGGAGCCUCAAUGGCACCCCUCUGGAUGCUUCACCCAGGGCAAAGAACCUAGCUAGUGCUCCCCGCCAUAGCUAUGGCUCUGCCUGAAGCAACUGCAGGGAAGGAGUAGCCUCAGAGUCAGCAUCCUCCUUUGGCAGACGGUUCCUGAGCUACAGCCAUUCAUGUCAGAGCUGAAGGGGCAUAACUCUGUGGUAGAGCAUCUGUUUUGCAUGCCAACGGCUCACAGGAACAAUCCCCGGCGUUUCCAGGUGGGGCUAAGAAUGUCCCCUUGUCUGAAAUCUAAUAAAGCUGCUUUCAGUCUGUGCUGACAACAUGGAGCAAAGGUCUGACUUAUUGUAAGGCAGCCUCCUGUGUUCAUACAUAGUCAUAAUAUAGUCAUUAUGCCAGUUGUCCUUCUCUCCAUCCCCAGCAUUCAUCGCCGCAAGCCUGAGUGUGCUGACGUCCGAUGGCUGCCCCUUCUCACCAAGCCCUGUGGGAGCACCGUGCCUGCUGGCGACAACACCAGAGUUUGAGCAGUAUGAAGUGGAGGGAGCAGCAAAGCAAGGGGUCAGCUCCCAGUUGGCCAGGAAAAACCAGUGUGUCUCUGGCGUCACUGUGCAACUGGAGAUGAGGAGUCUCUGGGAGGAGUUCAAUAGCCUUGGCACUGAGAUGAUUGUCACCAAGGCAGGGCGGUAGGUAUAAUGUUCUUUGGUCCAAGGAUUAAGGAUUAAAAACACAGCUUUGAUCUAUAAAGCGACUAAACAGGAACCACAGUAAUCCUUAUUAGCUUUUACUAGUCUAACAUUAAGGAGUAACACGAAAUUACAAUGACCUUAAUAAUGUGCCCUAUAUAAUGGAAUACCCAUUUAUUCAGGCAUUUGGCAUUGUUUUUAUUUACCUGCCCUUCACCUUAAGGUAACACACCAAAAUCAGAUGUUUAAACUAUAUAUUUCAAGUGUCAAAGGUCAGGGUAAAGAGGUGCCUCUUCAGCAUUUGCUGAAAAUUGUAUAGCCGAACUGCCAGGCGCACCUAUAUGAGGAGGUAGCUACACAACCUAGGGGCUGCUGCAGAGAAUGCCCUCUCCUGGACCAUCUCCACCCUGAGUUUCUGAGGGCAGCAGAACAGCCAGUAGAGCCCCCUCUGCUGUUCUUAAUGUCCAGGAGUGUUUGUAGGGAAGGAGAUUAUCUUUCAGACAACUCCCAGGACCACAGCCCAAAACAAUGUGCAGGUCUGCUAUUUAAAUGGAGCAAACUCCUAUGGUUACAAACUGUACCACAACUCUCUGUGUACCAUCAGGGAAAGUGUGAUCCAAGGGUGUUUAUUGUGCACCCCUACAACAAAGCCUGAGGUGGGCUUCCCACCACAAUGGGCAAGAAACCACGAACCAUUGCUCUAAGGACUGCAGCCCCUCCCUACCCUGCCUCAAGCUAUUGUAGCCUGUUGCAAAAGGCCCUGGGCAUCUCCCUCAGCAGUAGCCAAUGUGAUGUUCUCCAGAUGUUGCCAGUCUCCAACAUCACUGACCGCUGGCUAUUCUGGCUGGGGCUGAGGAGAGUCCAACAGCAUCUAGAAGACACACAGUUGGCUACCCUUGCCCUACCCUGGGUAAGAUGGAGGUUAGUGGGCAGUGGGAAAGCAGAAUCACCCGGCAAACUCCUUUCUCCCUGUGGCAGGAGGAUGUUCCCCACCUUCCAGGUGAAGAUAUCCGGCAUGGAUCCCUUGGCUGAUUAUGUGCUGCUCAUGGACUUUGUGCCUUUGGACGACAAGAGAUAUCGGUAUGGCCUGGGCCUGGCUCUGGGAUAAUGAGUUUGGAGCCAUUUCUGCUAGUUAGCCAGCCAGCGAGAGCAGGCUAGGCCCCAGGGAGACUCAAAAGGCAUGGCGUGUGGCUAGGCCUGAUAAGUGUUAAUGGAAGGAUUUCUAUAAAUUCAGUGGUAGGAGCAGGGAGUUCUGAACUGAGGCACCCUGAUGUUUUAAACCUGCAGGAGAUGUGUUGAUUUAUUACAUGGAUCUGCUUGUUGCUGUUUUGUUGUAUUCCAGAUAUGUACAGGUUCCUACGUUGAUCAAAUGAAUGGAAUAAUAUAAAAAAAUCUGUGCCCUUUGUGCUAAUUGAAUCAAGCCUUAAAUUGAGCUGAAAUUCUGUUCCAGAAUCAAGUUUCAAAUCUUGCCCUGGAAUGUAGUAAUAAAGGAAAUAUCAAAAUUAAAAGGCACUACUUCCCUCAUCACUAAGUUACCCCACAGUAACCCCUUGACCCCAUCAGAGUUAUGAGAAGUAGCUUCCAGGUGGGAUUUAAUUGUACAAAUUAACCACUAUCCCUAAUGGGAAGUAAGUGCUAUUUAGACCCUUUAGAAGGGGUGGAGAGCAGCCUAAUAAUGGAAUACAGUCAACUCCACCCUUGCACUGAGCCAGGACUCAUCUGUUUGGUAGAACACAAAAAGAUAUAUAGAUUUGGAGUAGACAUCACACACACACACACACACACACACACACACACACAGGGGGAGAGAGAGAGAGAGAGAGAGAGAGAGAUUUCUUCCCCAUCCUUCACCGUAAGGUCCCAGGGUGGGUUGCAACAGUUAAAGCAACUUAAUUGAGGGAGGUUUAAAAUUAAUUUUACUAUUUUUAAUAGUGCCAUGGUUGAUUUAUUUAUUUAUUUUAUUUCUCUUUCUCGUAUUGUUUGGAGUUUGAAAGUGUGUAGUGAGUUUAAGGGUUGGUGAAUGAGGAUGUGUGAGAUUGGAGGGGAGAGGAAACUACAGAAGGAAUGCAGAAGGGUUUCAAGUCAGAAGAAAACCCUGAUAAACCAUUAACAACACACAAAACAGCCCAGCGGUUUUCUGCACCACGUAAUAUGUAGCAGGGAUUUGCACGUGGAAAGUUUCUGCAGGAAAACAGCAUGCAUUCUUGCAUUAACACUCUGGCCAGGUUUGGCUCUCUGUUGCCAAUCCCAGAGGCACUUGGCAUCAGGCCCCUUUGGGUGAGGGAAGUACGGUUUGUCAAUGUGACGUCUUGCCAGUAUUAGUUGCCCACCAAGUACAUACAGGGAAUUGGGCUGGAAUUAGUGAAUGGUGGCCGAGAUGGUCUCUGAACAUAUGAUGCACAUGAAGGAUAAAAUGCAGUAUGUUAUAUGCAGUACUGCAUGUGAAGAUUCCAAUUUCCCUCCAUUUAUUUUCCUUUUUCGCUAUUCUGACCUUGCAGCUUCUGCACUGAAAAUGCUUGCUCAGAAAUUUUCAUGGAUGUUAAGCCUCUCAAUCUGAAUGUUUGCUAUACAUGAAUCCUGCCUCUUGUUUUACCUUGCUGUAGAAUGCCCCAUAAAAAUAUGCUUGAAUUCUAUAUACACAACAAAACAAACUGGAAUUCCGCCCCCCUUAACUGUAGUUUGGAAUUAUAUAUAGCUGCACACCAAGGCAAGCGUAGUAGACCCACCCACCCUCCAAACUCUUGCAGGUCCUCAAUCAGGUAGGAAAGGAAGCGGCCUGCCUCAAACAGAGCCAGUGUGGUGUAGUGGUUAAGAGCGGUAGUCUCGUAAUCUGGGGAACUGGGUCCGCGUCUCCGCUCUUCCACAUGCAGCUGCUGGGUGACCUUGGGCCAGUCACACUUCUCUGAAGUCUCUCAGCCCCACUCACCUCACAGAGUGUUUGUUGUGGGGGAGGAAGGGAAAGGAGAAUGUUAGCCGCUUUGAGAUUCCUUAAGGGGAGUGAAAGGCGGGAUAUCAAAUCCAAACUCUUCUUCUUCUUCAACAUAAUGCCUUUCCCCUGCAGAUACGCAUUCCACAGCUCCGCUUGGCUGGUAGCUGGCAAGGCAGAUCCUGCUACACCUGGCCGGGUUCACUUCCACCCUGACUCCCCUGCCAAGGGAGGCCAGUGGAUGAGGCAGAUUGUCUCCUUUGACAAGCUCAAGCUCACCAACAACUUGAUGGAUGACAAUGGCCAUGUAAGUUAAUUGUGCAGUGUCUUUGCAGAUAGUGUCAUUAUACAGUUUAGUCACCUGGUGGCACUGUAUUUAGUUGUACCUGAAGGGAGGGAAACCAAAUCAAGGUUAACACUGCUUCCCUGCAAGUUUUCCUAUCUCAGAAAAAUGGGAGCGAGCAUAAAAAUAUGCAUCGUAUGUGACAUAAUAAAUGUAACCUGGUGAUAUUUAUAAGUUCAGUCCCUGGCAUCUCCAGCUGGGCUUGGAGAGACUCCCUUUUAAGGCAGCUUCCUAUGUUCCUACUACUUAAAAUGAAAAGAACUUGCAAGAGUCUGAGUGUAUUUAUGGGACUUCCCACUUACACUGUGCACCACUCAAGAUUUGUUAAUCCCCACCAGGGGAUACAUUUGCAUGAGGUGUGGGAGUCGUUUGACAUUCCUGGGUGUGUAAACGAGAGUUGUUAAAUGAGAGCCCAUGUAUUGAACAGCCAUCUGAAAUGUCACUUUGUCUUGAUCAAACAGAUCAUCCUGAACUCCAUGCACAGGUACCAGCCACGCUUCCAUGUGGUGGUGGUAGAUCCACGGCCAGAUAGCGAGCGCUACGCCCAGGAGAAUUUCAAGUCCUUCAUCUUCACGGAGACUCAGUUCAUGGCAGUGACAGCCUAUCAGAACCACCGGGUGAGAGAACACGCAUGCACAGCCCUCUGGUGACACUAAUCAGUAUCACAUGGGAGAGCUGGCCUAUUGGAGAGAGUCAGGAUUGGGACAGGACUAAGUGUGGCUGGUGGAGACAGGCAAAUGGAUCUAUGCAUACACUGACACCUUUUGCUGUGCAAUCCAAGCUGUGCAGCAUUCCCAAUGCAUUUUUCACGGUGCCGUAAUUACUACAAUGUUUGCCUUUAAUUGUUUAAUGUUCUGUAAUGUUUAUAGAGAUAGCUGAGAUGGCGUUCAUUGGGUAGCCUUAAGUCACCAACAUAACCUAUAUCACAGGAUUGUUGCAAGGAUAAAAAGCAAACAUACACGGACAAAUCAAUGUACAAAUAUCCAUUUCGCUUUUUUUCAUCCCACCUAUAUCCCUCAUAGAAUCCAAAGUGGCAUGCUUGUAGUGCCCAGGUCAUCUCCCAUCCAGGUACUAAUCACACCCAGACCUGCUUAGCUUCAACGCUAUGUCCUGGGAUUGAAUGCUAACUACGUGUAUCCUGCUCUUCUUUCAAAGAGCCCCCAGCAGUGUGCUUAAGUUCAUAGGGUCGUGACAUAGAUCGGGAUGCACCACAGUAGUAACAUCAUGGCUGGUGUUGCUUUCUCAGGCAGUAGCUAGAGCAACAGCUCCACUAUAGAAAGAGAGGGAGCGGCAGGGAAAAUGUGUGUACUUGAAAACUCAUUCAUUCUCUCAGCAGAUCACACAGCUGAAAAUUGCUAGCAACCCCUUCGCAAAAGGGUUCCGGGAGUGUGAGCCAGAUGACUGGUAAGUCUCCGCACAUGGCGCAACCUUCUCAAAUACAGGUGGAGGGAUAAGCCUCUUAUGCGAUGUAGCUGCAAACAGAGCAAAUUCCAUUCUCAGGCUGCAAUGCUAUACCCAUCAGCCUUGUAAAUAAGCCCACAAGUUACUAGCCUCUAGAUGGCUAAGACCAGCUCCUCCAAAGCCUUUUAAGCAGGCUUGUAAAAUCAAAGUUGUCUUCUACCAAACAGGCUAAUAGAACUUGGAGAUAGAUUUCCCUUCCUCCACAGGAAGCAUGGAAACCAAGCAGACUAGCAAUGGAAGUGAGAGGUCCAUCCCUCCACCAGCCCACCCACCCACUCACUUAUAUGACAUUGCUGGUCACUUAUGGCAAGCUAUACACAACUGCUAUGCCUGGCUACUCAAAAGCAAGCACCACUGAAUACAAUGGUGCUUACUACCAGGUAAGUUUAUAUAAAAUUGUACCUUUAGAGAAGUAUUACUCUGAGUGGGGAAGACAGGCAUAAGAUGCAUUUUAGAAACAAACGCUGGGUUGGAAAUUCUCGGCCGGUAUGUGUUGACAAUCUGUGUGCCACCUGAAUAGCUAGGGUGGCCACAAGCCAGGGAAAACAAGGCUUGUGGCCCCUUAAUGUGUGCAUAGAAGAGGGAAUUCUGGUAUGUGUAGCAACCUACACAGGCUGAAAUGCCUUCUUCUGCACAGCUAUUAAACAAAGGUUCAGGAGGCCUGUCUUCUUUUGCAUCCAGCUACUCUACCGAGUGGAGCAAAAAGAGAUGGGAGGGAUAAUGGCAGUGAGAACAGAAGCAGCCAAGUCUGGGACUGUUCCCAAUAACACCUUCUAUAGCUCUGCCUGUCCUGUUUGAGUUUUAUUUCCACAAAGUCCAUCACCAAUGAAGUGCACGUCUUGUUUUUCUGCCUAGGCCCAGCUCACCAGGACAACUAUUAGGCUGCUUAUCUCGGAAUGGGGGUGCGGCUCCCUUAGCCCAGCUUCAAGAAACCACAGAAAAGGGUAAGGUGAAAAAAGCAAAUGGUAAGUAAGCCUUGCAUGUAGAGAACUCCAUGGGAAGGUACAGGGCAUGGUGGGGCUAUGGAGAGAUGGCAGGGUCUCCUUCUUGACUUUGGUCCAGAUUUUUCUCAGGCACAAACUUAAAUGUUUGAUGCUAAUAAUCUCAACUUUCUCCUGUCCCUCGAGUUUCCGGUGCUUAUGUGUGCAAAAAUUAGCUAAGAAACAUACAUGCAAUAAUUUCUAAUGAGAGGGAAUGCUGCAAAGUAAGGGCUUCCAGUGACUAGGGAGCAGCUUCUCAGUACUCUUUGUAUCCUUUGACAUCUCUUUUAUUUUUAUUUUAUUUAAAUUCUAUUUAUUUUUAUUUCUAUACCACCUUUUAUCCGAGGAUAACAGGGUGGUUUACAAUACAGAAACACAAAAAUACGUAGUAUAACAUCUUGGAGAUGUCUGAAAUAUUAGGUGGUAUAAAAAUGCCAUUAACAAAUAAAUAAUAUCUCCCUUGCUCACCCUAUGAUCUUCUGGAUAUUUUGCUCACUAUGCCUUUCUUCAUAUGCAGUUUAGUUUUUUGGUUUUCCUAACUGCAGUAUAGUCAUAUUCAUGCAGUUCUCUGUGAGAUCUCAGUAGAGCAUGAGAGUAGCAAUUACAUUGUUCAGCAAGGUGGCAUGGUCACCUUCUAAACAAGUGCCACAUCUGCACUGAGAGAACCACAGGUAUAGAAACCAACCACAUGACCUAGCCAAACCAUGCAGUUAGUGUAUGCGUACGAUAUUGCUACAAAUAUGGAGCCACAACCACCUGAGAGAAGCUCUUCAGCCGCCACCGUGCUAUAGUAUAAGCCAUGGCAUAGUCUGCAGAGAUCCUGGGCUCUUAGUGAGAUUGAAUGGAGGUAAACCGCAGGGGUGGAAGUUUGGAGCAAAUUUCUCAGUCACUCGUGGCUUAGCCUUCUCCAUUCUGAUUAACAGAAUGGAUUGAGUUGGCAGGAUCAGAAAAAGAAGUGGCAGACUUAAUUAUUUCCAGGACUGAGUCAUGCUGUGUAGGGACUGACUUUGGUUGGCCAGGGAAGUCAUUCAGCUCUAAACUCCUUCUCUUUUUCUAGGGUUUGCCAGCAAUCAUCACCUCCCUCCUUCCCUCUUCAGAGAAGCCUCCCAGCUGCAGCACCCACCCCUGGUCACACCCGCCACCCUCCCAGAUAUGUGCCUUGCUCGACGACCCUUGAGUGAAGCAUCAGGGGCCCUGCCCUACAAGCACCUCUCCUAUCACAGCAUCUACGUGGGAGCCCGCUCCCGGGCAACGCCCUACGCCCUCCCCAGCAGCCGGGCCACCAGCUUCCAUGCUCUCAACAUCUACACUGCCGGGGACUAUGAACAGUGA